UCAAGUUAGACUGACAAGUGACUAUUGGGACAUUUAAGAACCAAAAUGGUUCAGCACGAAGCUCUGCUUAUGAAACAAAGCCACUUGAAAGCACCCUCCCAGUGACUUACUUGUAAGAAGAAAUUUAAUGCUGAACACAUGUGGAAGCUUUGCACUCAGCGGCUCAAUGAUUGGUAGUUUUACAACAAUAUUUCCUCAUUGUUGCAAAAAUGCAAAAACGAGUACCUAAAAAAGGAAGCAAGUACGAGGAGUCUGACUUUUCUUCAAUCAUCUUACCAGGGUUUUGCUUUUAAGAGGAACAAAGAAUGGGAUCAGGUGCCUCCAAACCAAAGCCAACUGAAAAACCACAGAGUACAGCAGAAUCUCCACCCUGUGAUACUAUAAAUUACCCAACUCCUAAAAAUGAUCUCUAUGAAAUAUACCCCUACUUACUUGUGGCAUUUUUUGUUGGGGUUCUUCUGACACUUCUGGUCACUGUUAUUGUCUGCUUCAUCAGGAAGAGCUGUUCCAAAGACCCAACUAGGAGCUCCCAGCAGAUUUCCCAAACCUCAGACCCUUGCCACAAGGAUUGCUCCACUACUGAGGAGGCCCUUCCCUAUGUGGACACGUCUCUCCAAGACUCAGAAGAAAACAAAGUCUACUUUGCCCAGCACCAGGAUGGAGAUUCAGAUUCCAUUGUCUAUGCAAAAAUCAAAGUGCAAACCCGAACUAGCCUUCCCAGCAAUGAAAGUGAGGAGAUACACUAGAGCUGAUGGCGUUAGCCCUGGACUGUUUCCUCUCUUACAGAUUUUAGUCCCUUUCAUUCUGUGAAUCCCAACAAUUCCUGUAUAGUUAUGACAUAUUUAAAUACUUAAUCUAAUAAUUUCAAAAGCUGCUAGACAAAGCAUUCUCUAGCCCUGGAAGGGAUUGCUGAUUCUCUGGCUCUGACUCCGUCUAUAAGACCAUGGAAAGUAGGGACUGUGUCUCUUAUGUAGACUGAGCAUAUAAAGCUCUGUGAGCUCAAUUAAUCUUUUAAAAUAACUUUGGAGCAGCAGCUGGGAAAUUCCAAAUAAAGAAACCUGGUACAACC